AUGCUUAACAGGAUCUUCUUCGUUUGCCUUUGCCUCUGUCUCUACAGUGCAGGCUCAGCGAUGAGCUGCAGAUGGAUGGAUAAUAAAUUCAAACAGUACAGCGAGAACUCUUUGGAUCUACUAGAUAUGAUGGUUCAAAAUUCCACCAACACCACUGAGGAUGCUGAAGUGGAGGAGACUGUGGCCUUUCCUGGAGAUCUGUACAGCCAGGCGUCAAAAGCCUCAGCUCAGGACAAACUUGGAUUUACAGUGCAGGUUCUGAAGGGGGUGGCUGCCCUGUUUGAGAAGGAUUACAGCUCUGCAUCAUGGGAGGAGAAACGAGUGGAUGACUUUCUCAAUAUUUUGACCCAGCAGGCUGACGGCCUUUACUCCUGUAUUGCGAGCCACAGCCACAAGAAGAACAAGAAGCUGCACAUGUAUUUCAAGAGACUGUCAAACCAGGUCCUGAAACAAAAGGACUACAGUGCUGAAUCUUGGGAGCUGAUCAGGAGGGAAAUCAAAACACAUCUAAUGAGAUCAGACCUGCUGAUUUCAUCUCUACUCACCAUCAACUAG